AAGGUGUGAGGUACGUAAUGUAAAAUGUGUGCAGGGGCAGAAGGAAGCAGUGGUUCGUGCCGUUUAACUGAAAGAUCACUUCCGGGAAGGGAUUUUGGGAGAUGUCGGGAUUGUGAUUUCAUGAAACAGACAAAGUCAUACGUGCCGGCUUUCAAACGCAGAUAGAGCCGAGCCAUGAGCGCCGAGGAGCGGAACCCAGCUGCCACACCCACUGCCUGCCAGGACACCCAAGGAGAUGGACGCUGGAUGUCUCUGCACAAUCGCUUUUUGUCCGACAGCAAAGAUAAAGAACCUGAAGUCCUCUUCGUUGGAGACUUUCUCGUGCAGCUCAUGCAUCAGUUUGGCGUGUGGCGUGAGUUGUUCUCCCCGCUCCACGCUCUGAAUUUCGGCCUGGGUGGCGACGCGACCCAGAAUGUGAUCUGGAGACUGAGCAACGGCGAACUGGACCACAUCAGCCCCAAGAUCGUCGUGCUCUGGGUGGGCACCCAAAACCACGGUCACACCGCCGAGCAGAUCUGUGGAGGCAUCUUGGAAAUUGUCCAAGUCGUCAAGAACAAGCUUCCACACGCUCAAACGCUCAUACUUGGACUACUACCACGAGGUAAAUCUCCAAACCCGCUGAGGGAGCGCAACACCAAGGUGAACAGACUGGUGCGGGAAGCCGUGGCCUCCCUGCCUCACGCCUCCUUCCUGGACGUGGACCCGGGUUUUGUCCACUCCAACGGCAGCAUCUCCCACCAGGACAUGUACGAUUACCUCCACCUGACCCCCCAGGCCUACCAGGUCGUGUGCGAGCCCCUGCACGCUCACCUCAAGUCCAUGCUGGACAAGUCUGCUGACAACUAAGCUCCCUCCCAAGAAUAGAAUUGUUUACUACGUAGGCGUCCACGGGGGAACAGGGUCGGCGUCCAUCACUCGUCCCUUUGAGUUUCAGGACCAAAACAUGUUUUAAAGAGUCAUACAUGUGCUUCAAUCCCUAUCUGCAUCUCUCGUAACGUUUCCUCUCAUAAUACGUGGACACAUUUUCAAGGAUUUCUAUAUUCCAGUUACAUUCAAAUUAAGUCAUGCUCCAUUUUCUAAUAUGCUGCUUGUGAUCGGACCGCCCUCCAUGCUUUAAGUCGCCGCUUCUAUAAGCCGAAGUCUACAAAUGAGAGAAUGUAUUAAAGAGGAGGCAACA